AGAGGCGGGACCGAGGGGCGGGGCCUGUUUCUAUUUCUCUAAGGGUUUCCGCGGUUGCCAGCCCCGCCCGCCUCACCUGCGUGUCACGUGGCCCGCGCCACUCCUAGGGCACCUGAGGGCGGAUCCGGAAAGCCUUGGGUAUAACUGGUGGAAGUGGCCGCAGCCGUGGGCCGGUUUAGCAGCGACGGCGGCAGGUGGGGGAGCACGGCUGGGGUCAGCUUGCGAAGCCUCCCCUCUCGAUGGGGAUGCGUGUGUUGACACUGGCGAGUUCACCCGACCUGCCCAGGAAUGGAACCUCUGGCGUGACAGCUGAGCCCCGAGUGGAGACGCCCACACCCCGAGGCCGGAACCGGACAUUUUACUUCAAAUAAGAACCAUGGUGAAACUAAUCCACACAUUGGCCGAUCAUGGUGACGAUGUCAACUGCUGUGCAUUCUCCUCCUCCCUCUUGGCUACUUGCUCUUUGGACAAAACAAUUCGCCUGUACUCCCUCAGUGACUUUACGGAACUGCCCCACUCUCCACUGAAGCUUCACACCUAUGCUGUCCACUGCUGCUGCUUCUCCCCUUCGGGACAUAUUUUGGCUUCCUGCUCAACAGAUGGUACUACUGUCCUAUGGAAUACUCAAAAUGGAGAGACUUUGGCAGUGAUGGAACAGCCCACUGGUAGCCCCGUGAGGGUUUGCCGGUUUUCCCCAGACUCCACUUGUUUGGUAUCUGGGGCAGCUGAUGGGACCGUUGUUUUGUGGAAUGCUCAGUCAUACAAGUUAUAUAGGUGUGGGAGUGUUAAGGAUGGCUCCUUGGUGGCCUGUGCAUUUUCUCCAAAUGGAAACUUCUUUGUCACUGGCUCCUCGUGUGGAGAUUUAACAUUGUGGGAUGAUAAAAUGAGGUGUUUGCAUAGUGAAAAAGCACAUGAUCUUGGAAUUACCUGCUGUGAUUUUUCUUCACAGCCAGUUUCCGAUGGAGAGCAAGGCCUUCAGUUUUUUCGAUUGGCAUCAUGUGGUCAGGAUUGCCAGAUCAAAAUUUGGGUUGUUUCUUUUACCCAUAUCUUAGGUUUUGAAUUAAAAUAUAAAAGUACACUGAGUGGGCACUGUGCUCCUGUUCUGGCUUGUGCUUUUUCUCAUAAUGGGCAGAUGCUAGUCUCGGGAUCAGUGGAUAAAUCUGUCAUAGUGUAUGAUACUAAUACUGAGAAUAUACUUCACACAUUGACUCAGCAUACCAGGUAUGUCACAACCUGUGCCUUUGCACCCAAUAUCCUUUUACUUGCUACUGGCUCAAUGGACAAAACAGUGAACAUCUGGCAGUUUGAUCUGGAAACACCUUGCCAAGCAAGGAGCACAGAAGAUGAGGCAAAGCAAUUUCCUGAAGAGUGGUCAGAGGAUGAUGUCUCAGUGUGGCUUUGUGAACAAGGUUUAAAUGACCUUGUUGGUAUUUUCAAAAUGAAUAACAUUGAUGGAAGAGAACUGUUGAAUCUCACCAAAGAAAGUCUGGCUGAUGAUUUGAAAAUUGAAUCUCUAGGGCUGCGGAGUAAAGUGCUGAGGAAAAUAGAAGAGCUCAGGACAGAGGUGAAGACCCUUUCUUCUGGAAUUCCUGAUGAAUUUCUGUGUCCAAUAACUAGGGAGGUAAUGAAAGAUCCUGUCAUUGCAACAGAUGGCUAUUCAUAUGAAAAGGAAGCAAUGGAAAAUUGGAUCAGCAAAAAGAAACGUACAAGUCCCAUGACAAAUCUUGUUCUUCCUUCAGUGGUACUUACGCCAAAUAGGACUCUGAAAAUGGCCAUUAGCCGAUGGCUGGAGACACAUCAAAAAUAAAAACUGUUUAUACUAUAUCUAUUUUUCAGUGAUCUCCCUUGAAUGACUUCAAGGUAAAUACUAACCAGAUAUUAAAAGCAAAGCAGGAAAAAGCUUUUUUUGUAGUAGUGAAAGAAAUCUUAAUCUCAUAUUCUAAGCUAGGGUAACUAUACAUUUUUACACAAUAGACUGCUAUUUAAUAUGACAUCCCGAUAAGCAUUCGCUGAGAAGACUUCCAGUUCAUGAAGCUCAGGUGGUAUUGACUUCAUAUACCUGUUUAAGUUGUUUCCCAGGAUGGAAGCCAUUAGUGGGAAGGCUGGUCAGAACUCAACUGGAACUUAGGCAGGAACCAAGACUGUUUGCCCCAAACCCUCAUUUUAGCUGUUCUAAAAUUCAAAAACUCAGAAAUGAGAGAAGAGUGAUAUAAUUACAUAUAUAGUCUUUUCAUAUAUAAAUUUACAGCUACAUCUUUACAGACAUGUGGAAAGCUUAGCUACCACAAAAAUCUCCCAGUAUCUUUUAAUUGCUGCUUUGUAAAAUUUGUCAUCUUAAUGUAUUACCGAGUUUUAUUUCCUUUGUGUCAUAGCUGGGAUUUAUGAUCUGUGAUUCUAGAUUUUCUUUUUCAUACAACCCAUGCUUCUUAUAUUCAAGUGAGGACAAAGGUUUUAGGUAUUUUUCUAUUAUAAUCUAUAGAGAAAGUAUGGUAACAAUUUUAACAAAAGAUUUUUUAAAUUAAUAGAGCCCACCACUGGG